AUGCCCGGCGAUCCCCGCCGCGUCAAGGAGCAGCAGCAGCAGCAACAGCAAGUGCAACAAGCGCAGCCGUCGCAACAGCAGCAGCAACAACAACAACAGCAGCAGCAGGCUUUACAGCAAAACAGCGUUCUGGUAUACGUGUCGGGGGAAAACUUCGCGUACGCCACGGCGGUGGGUCAGAAUGUCGCCGCGACCGCUGCUGCCGCUAUCGCGGUCGGCUAUCAGUCGCAGCCGCAGCAGCAACAGCAACAGCAACAACAGCAGCAGCAGCAGCAGCAGACGACGCAGUACGCCGGCAUUCUGCAGGCACCGCAGGUGGCGACGGCGCAGGCGGUUACGACUACCUUUCCCGCCAAAACCGCCGUAUAUUGCGCCGACGGUAGCGGGAUCAACGUCGGGAACAACGCCACCACCACGACUACCAUUAUCCCCUCUGCGGCCGGCUGUUAUCGUUUGAAGUCGUCGCUCGAAGUGACGACGACGACAGCCACAGUCACGGCGUCGAAUAUCGGUGCGGAUGGCAGCGAGUCCAGACAAGCUGCUCCUCCUCUGGCGGACAACGAGGACGAGGAGGAUUACGCGAUGCUGUAUCGACAGGCCAACCUGGGGCCGGCGACGACGAUGGGCGCCACAGCGGCGGCAGCGGUGGCGACGACGACGACGACGACGACGACAACGACGACAACGAUGACGACGCUGAUGACGGCGUCGCGCGAGAACAAGCGAGUGCCAGAGAACGGUGAACGCUCUACGGCAGACGGCCUCGGCAACAACGGCAACGAUCCGAUGGUGUCCGCUAACGCGAAGACGUAUCAGACCGCCGCGAGGCUUCAGCACGUCGGUGACGCGUACUCCACGAGGAUGAGCGCCGAGUACAGCGCGAUCACGAACAAUAAUAGAAUAGUCGCGCGAUCGAAUCAGUCGGGCGACGUCAGUCUCCUCGGCGGCGGCGGCGGCGGCGGCGGCGACGACGGCGUCGCGUACGGUACAUCGACGUCCGUCGUCGGUGGUAGUAACGGUAUCGCGCUUCAGAGUGCCAGCGAGCAACAGGCGAGCGCGGAUGACAAAUGCCGGCAACAGCAGCAACAACAACAACAGCAGCAGCAAGACAGUUUCGAUAAUCGGCAGAUCGCCUCCUCGACGCCGACGUCGGCGUCGACGUCGGGCGCGACCAUGAUCGGUGUCGGUGACGGUGGUGUUAGUGGCGGUGCCGGUGCCGUUGCCGGCGGCUGCGAUUCGGUGAGAUCCGACGAGUCGUCGACGACGACGACUUACAGCAGUCUUAGUAGCCCCGACGAGAGUCAGAGUCAUCAUCAGCAGCAGCAGCCGGGACAGCAUGACGGUAGCAUGCCGACGAAUAAUCAUCCCGGCGGUGGCGGUGCGUGCGCGCAGCAGGCUGCGCGGCAGCAGCCGUCGUCGCGUGUCAGCGGUAAUAACAAUAACGGUGUGCAGCAUAACGCAGUGGUGUUGACAAUGAACGGUAGUGCGGUGAUUACGCAGCAGCAGCAGCAGCAACAACAACAACAGCAACAACCAUUGGCGAUCACCGUGCCACGUGGAUGGAAAAGGAUAUGUACCAACGGGGUCAUCAUUUAUAUCAGUCCAAGCAGUACGGCGCUGGGUUCGCUGGACCAACUAAAGGAAUAUCUGACGGCAGUGGGAACCUGCAAAUGCGGCCUCGAAUGCCCGCUCAGACCUGAACAAGUCUUCAACUUCGACCCCAAGGUUGCGACACGACCUUGGAGCCCGGAUCAGGGCAAGACGCGGGAGAUGACCAAGCUCUGUAACCAUAAGAGGAAACUUCUGCUGCCGGUCGCGGCCGCCAGUCCUGUUGCGUCCUGUACGCCGGCGGUCUCGUCGUCGACUUUAUCUUCUGGCCCGACAACGGCCUCGAUUCACGCGAACGCCGACUCGCCCACGUCGCCGGAUAAAACCAGAAAAGAUGGUCUCAGCAAGAAGAAGAAGAGGAAACUAGGAGGCAUAGGCGGCAUUUAUUCCGGCGUCUCGGUUUCGCAACUUCUGGCACAACGGGAGAGAGCUAUUGCCGCGGUUGCGGCAUCUGGAGUUCAAGGUUCACCGGUGCCUAAUGGAUCGCAGGUAUGGCCAAUUACGAUCCCGAAUUUGCAAGUCCAGCAAAACGGACAACAAAUUUGUCAUCAGUCUUUAAAUUCGCCUUCCCAGAAUCAUGACGUGAGCAGUUGUGCAAGAAAUCCUCAACAGAGGUUAAAUCAACAUAAUAUGUCGGGCAUGCUGAUGGGCAACCCGUUGAUUAUGAAUCAGCAGGGUACAAAUUUCAACAAUAUGUCUCAACAACAGCAACAGUUUUUGCAACAGCAACAUCAACAGCUUAUCCUACAGCAACAGCAGCAGCAGCAACAACAGCAGCUCAUACAGCAGCAUAUAUCGCAGCAACAACAACAAUCACAGCAAUUGUUACCGCAUCAGCAGCAGUUACAGCACAUGCAAAUUUUACAGCAACAACAACAGGAACAACAACAGCAACAUCAGAACACCGUUGUAAAUCAAUUAGCGCAACAACAAACUCCUCACUAUAUUAAUCAAUUAAAUCAGCAAUCGUUACAUGUAAUGCAACAACAGCAGCAUUUAAAUCAGCAGCAACAACAGCAGCAGCAACAACAACAAAUGCAUUUGCAACAAAUUCAAAAACACAAUAUGCAACAACAACAACAGCAUUUAGGUCAGGAACUGGAUCAACAGUCGAAUUACAAUACUCAGCAUCCUGCUGAGAAUUAUGUGCAUCAUAUGCAGUCGUCGCAAGUGCCGAAUCAAGCCACUCUUCAUCCACAGUUGCAUCAACUUCAUCAACAUCAGAUGCAACCGCAACAGUCGCAACAAAAUCAGCAUGUUAUGCAACCUCAGUCGACGGAUCAUUUCCAAAUGCAGAUUCAGCAGCAAUUACAACAACAGCAACAGCAGCAGCAGCAGCAGCAACAAAUGUCACAAGUGUGCAUUCAGCCACAAUAUUCGAACCAACAAUUAAACCAUCAUUCCGUGGAUGUUAUGCAACAGCAAAAUGGUUCUGCUGUUAUGACUAACAUUAAUGCUACUGACAUUCAAAGCAGGCAUAAUCGAGCACCGUCAGUUACUGAUGAAGAUCUAAAUGCAAAACAGUUACAGCAGCAGCAGCAGCAGCAACAACAACAGCAGCAGCAGCAGCAGCAACUUUUGUUACAUAAUCACUCGAUGCAACGACAUCACGUUGUUCAAAAUGGCGGUUUGCCGAAUAAUUCUCAUGAGAAUGUCCAACGGAUGUAUGCGCAGAAUCAGGUGCAAUAUCCAAGGAAUUUUGAUCCUUCGAAAGGAACGAAUACGGACGCUAAAAUGGGACAUCAACAGCAGUUUUUGUCCAAUCAUACGGGACGAAGCCCGAAUGCCAGUCACGUCGUUGAGGCGCAGCAGUCUGGUAUGGGACCAAACGGGCAACCCGGUAAUAUGCAUUUCAACAACAGAACUCCGCCAUGGCAGCAAAAUCGUGCCGCGAUUGUAUCUCAUCAACCGUCCGUUGUCACGGUACAGAAUAUUAAUUGCAAUUCGUUCGACCGUGUGCCACCGCUUCAUCAUUACAUUCCACAGCCUUCCAAUUGGACGGAUGAGGCCGCGCGGAAAAAGGCGAAGUCGAAUAAAAUAAUAGUAAAGAAACAACGACAGCAUGGUGUCGCAGAAUCUUCGAGAACCAAUAGUGGGUUGGAGCAUUCAAUGUCGAGUCCGGUAGAUGAGUUCAGUGAGAAUAAUCAGCAAAAUAAUGGUCAAAUAGGUUCAACGUUUAACAAUAGCGGUCCUUCGUUCCUAGAGGAUCCUAGUGGAUACCUCGCCCAGCAGACGGCGCUGCUAAACAGCACGAUAUCGAGACAAACCGGUGUCAGUAGUUCUCAAGUAGGCAUGUUGAACAACAAUUCAAAAGCAUCGUCUCAGACCAGUCAUGGCAUGCAUGUGCCUAAUACCUAUAUUCCUCAACCAAAGCCUUCCUCUAUUGCCAGUCCAACGAGUACCUCGUCGUUUGCUUCCGUAAAGAAUCAUGCGACUUCACCGGUUGUCGUACACAGCAGUAUGACGCCGACAUCGAGCAACAGCGGCACGGAUUCUGAGAGCAGUCCGUGUCAAAAUUGCGUUACCAGUGCCGACACACAGUCCUAUAUUCAGGAUCAGUAUAAGCAGCAAAUGCAGCGGCAGUACCUGAUGCACACGGAUCAGCGUGAGGAUCCUGUUACAUCAUCGACGUUUGGCGAGCGAUAUCAAAUGAACAAUCAACCGCAAGCUGAUUCCAGACCGAUCCAAGGCGGUACCGUAAGCACCAGUCACGGAUCUCCUAUAGGCACGAAUAGUCCAGCUAAUUCGGAUACGCCAGCAGCCUCGACACCUGGGAUCUCACAACCAGCAACUCCGCAGAGUCUCAUUUCAUCACAACCAGCAACACCACAUAGUUAUUCAUCACAACCACCAACACCUCAUUCUCAUAUGUCGGGCCAAAUGCCAUCACAGACGCUAACUCCACAAGCGCAACAGCAGUCUUUGAUUAGUGGCAGCAUUCAAGAACAAAGAUCAGAGACUCCUAGUUCCGGUACAAUGAGUUCCAGUGGUAUCCCGCCUAGUACUUCACCAUUACAGACGUCUUCUUCUGUAACGGAUAAUUUAACAUCUCAAGUGAAACGGCAAAUAACUAGGCAAAAUUCGCUAGAAGGUUAUCAACCUCAUCCACACACUGUUAACACCAUCUCCAGGAUACCCAUGAAUACUUUUAGCGGAACGUCAUCCGUAAUAACAACUAUGGCGAGCGGUCAUACAGUUAGCAGUAACACAAUUACAUCUGUACUAGCUGGAAGGGCGAAUACCGCCACCGUUUCUAUAAACACACCAUCUGCGAUACCGAAUCCCGCUAUACCCAAUCUUCUGCCAAACAAACCACAACAUCAAACUCAAUCUGCAGCGUUGACGAACGUACCGAGUACUCCAGUUGUGACUCAUUCCUCUGUUACACAUACUCAAUCUUCGACAAUGAGCGUGUCUAAAUCACCGCUCGAAAUGGUUCAAAGCGUUGUUAGUAGCAUACAAGUACCUCAGGCCAGCACAAACUCGACAUUGCAGCCACAAACGCAGCAACAACAACAACAGCAGCAGCAGCAGCAGCAGCAGCAGCUGCAACAACAACAACAGCAGCAUCAACCGCAACACCAUCCUCAAGCCAAUGUUCAAGUUCACAAUGUUCUUACUUCUGGUGGUAUAUUAAAACAUCCUGCCGGGUCGACACUACCACCUGGUCAUAUACUGGUAUCCAGUGGCGGUCAACUUAUAAUGGCAAGUACUGGAUCGGCGAUUAACGGCGUGAUGGCACCUCCUCCACCAAAAAUCAUUUCCAAUGCCAAUUCUAUGCCACCGCUGUCAGUGUCGCCAAUGGUUACUAGCGUGACCGGAGCUGUCAGUCAGGUAAUUCCCGCAGUAGGCGUAGCUCAACAAGUGAUAGGACAACCCACGGUGCUUGUGAAUACCAUCCAGACUCCAGUAUUGAUUCAACCUGGUGUAAUGACGAUGGACGGCAUAAGCCAAAACGUGCAGAUACCUCAUCUGACAGUUGCCACCGGCAACGUUAUACAAAACACUCCGUCGAUCAUUGAUGCGAAUCAGGAUGUGUCCAGGACGGUUGGUGCUAAUCAAGGCAUGACGGUGAAUCGACAACCGGCGCUUCUAUCGCCGGAAUCGGGGAUGACCAAAAAGAAGGCAUACAAAAAACGAAAAACAAAUCCGCAAACUGUGGCAUCGAUGCUACACAUUGCUUCGUCUCAACAGAACGCUGGUAUGCUGAUGCAGUCGCAGUCAAACUUUGCUCAGCAAAAUUUCCAGACUCAGAGCAUAGGUGGACCCAUGCUCCAGGCGUUAACCAUCGUACCCGGUAAAGGCGGAGCACCAGCGCAGCUUGUGAUGAACGGUCAAACCGGCACAACGUCAGCGCAAUUUAAUGCUCAGCAAAUUAUAACGAAUCCUCAACCAGCACAACAGAUAAAUCUUCUUCAACCAGUGAAUUUAUUGAAUGGCGCGACCGGAAUGGUUCAGAAUUUCCCCACUAUCCAGCAAUUUAUUGUGCCAGGCUUGGGUAGCAUGGUAAUGUCCGCGGACGGAACAGCGACGUUAUUACAGGAUACGGGUAACAUCGGAAUGCAGCUUCAGAUACAAAACGUGAACGGUCAGAAUGUGCUGACGCCUGUACAAAGUCAUGGCGGCAUAUUUAAUCCGAGUCAAAGUAUAUUAGCUGCCGGUCCAGCCGGAAUGGUCAUAAGGGCACCGCAAGCAACUGGUGGAAAGAUAAUUCAACAACAUAGUCCAGGAGCGCAGUUUCUUUCGCCGAACAGUGGGCAAUUUUUGGUAAACGGUACAACGUCUUUCGGGAAUCAAUUGAGCCCGAUAGUGGCGAACGUCAGUCCGAAUCAGCAAGUAACGUUCAAUACCUCUCAAGUAAGACCAAACAUGCAGGGUCAGCAGGAAUUCAUACAGAUGAACGGACAAACACUUAUGGUACCUUGUGCAACCGCGCAGAAUAUCGCCGUAUCUUCAGCGUCAAAUCAACAAAACACUACCUUCGUUCAACAGAACACAACGAUUGUACAGCAGCAAACGACCAUGGUUUCGAACAAUCAGAUACCAAAUUUUCAAAGCGCAGCUUCUAAUGGCGGACAGGCUGUCGAUCCUUCUUUAAAUCUUGACCACAAUCAAUCGUAUAUUCUAAGUUCUGGUAUGAUUCAGAGUAAAGUGGCGUCAUCUUCUCCAAAGAGCGGCGUAAAUUCACCAUCGUCCGAUCAGAAUGUCGAUCAACAGCAAUACGUUCUCGCUAGUAGUAGCACGACUGUCGUGGAAAAAACGGCUCAACAAAAUGAACAACAUAGCCCGCUGAUGGCGAGGCAUUCUGUAUCGACUCAAACUGCCGGGAACCAAACUAACGUGGCGCAAUCGGCUAUGAUGCGACAAGGAUCUCCUCCUGAUACGACCACUCAUAGUCCAGGCAACAGUCAGAGAUCCAACAGUCCGGCUGUGGAUACCACUACACACGGUGCAGCCUCACCAGCGCCUCCAAUUACGGCUAGACAUCACUCGUCGUCCACGCCUAUGGUUCAUUGCGUAUCAAGCAGCGAACCGGAUUCGGGUGACGCGCAGAUGGCGUCGGAGGAUUGGAGAAUGCAGAGUAUCGCCACCAAGGAGAUUACGUUAAAUCAACCGAGUCUGCACGGAAAGACCUAUGUGGAAUCGACAGUGACAACUGGGAUCCAGAUCUAUACGUCAGAGACGUUGAAGCAAGCCGAAGGUGUGGUGAGCACGGUGAGGUGCGAGGGCAGGGAGCAUGCCCUCGGCCGCGGAAUCAAGCGAAAGCUGGACUCCAUCCAUUCCAUGCAUUCUACUCUGCAUGAAGACCAAGAUGUAGCCGAGACAAGGAACGUAGACGACGGGAACCAAUGGAAACUGAUGGUCGGUGAUCUAGUGUGGGGCGCAGCAAGAGGAAGUCCGGCCUGGCCGGGGAAAAUCGAGUCUUUGGGCCCCCCGGGUACUAUGACAGUUUGGGUUCGGUGGUACGGGGGCGGGGGCGGUCGCACCCAAGUCGAUGUCAAGGCCCUCAAGUCCCUCUCCGAAGGCCUCGAGGCGCACCAUCGCGCCCGUAAAAAGUUUAGGAAAAGUCGUAAAUUGAAUAUGCAAUUGGAAAACGCGAUACAAGAGGCGAUGGCGGAACUGGACAAGAUGACAGAAGCCUCCAGCGAGCGGAAAGAUAUGAAAAAGUCGGCGAAGGUGACGUCGUUGCCGGCAACCAGUUCGAAGGGCAUCAAUGGCGCCGGCAGAUCGGAGGCUAAGCGAUCGAAGAGGGCCGUGACUAUCGUGGACCAUGCCAAAGCCGAACAGAAACAAUGCCGGUGAUCCGUCUCGAUCACGAUUGUUUAGCGAACGUCCGCGAAAUCGACAACUUUCGCCUGUCGUAAAUCGCGAGGUAUCGAUGAUCUUCGCGCAGAAAUGUAAUUAGCCCAACCCAGUUUCAGUUUAAUAAAUUAUUAAUAAUGAAACUACACGAAUUACACGUUCCAUAAAUUAUACCGAUACAUUUCCGUUGCUUCAAUCAACAAUUAUUAAUCGCGACCGUAGCGGUUGUAAUGCGGGCACAAUUUAGCACAGCUGUGAAACGAAUUCUGUUACGCGCGUAUAAUGAAUUUAACACGAAUGAAUGAAAAUCCGAAUCGAACCCGGCGCAGAAAUACACGAUGCUACGAUAUUACGUUAGAACGAUACGAAUGAUAUAAAUUUAGAGAAUUAUUUUAAACGUGACACGUACCAAAUCUGAAUCGCCGUGACUUGCUGCAUCCGAACAGUCGGUGUCAUUUCCUGGUGUCAUCGCGAGGGUUUUCGAACAAAAGAUUGUACAAUUUUACUCCUACAUGUUAAAAUUGCUUCUCGUAGCUUAAUCAAUACGCUUUGGGAUGUGUUCCGAUAUGGAAUGGUCUCUAAUAAUAAUCAAAAGAAUUGUCUAUAAUUUACCGAGUCGAAGAAAAAAUUUUCGAUUUCUUGGAUGCAGAAGCGACGGCCAUGUGACAUUAGACAUACAGCUGUAUUAGAACAGUCUUACGAUACUGGCAAGCAUUUAUCCUUUCUGUAAAUUUAUCGAUAAAUAAUCAUAUUGCCUAAUCGUAGCAUCUGCUGCAACAUCGUUGGCAUAUUCUGUUUAUAAAUAACGUCCGUCGUUUUUAACAGAGAGAAACGGUCAGACGUGUAAAAUUAUAAUUGCAAACCAUCAAUAGCGAUCGGAAAAAUGUUAUAAAACAUAUGACGGCCGAUUCAGCAAAAAUAGGCCUACAGCAUGCAUUCUUAAAUUAUUUACCCUAACACACGUGUAUGUAACCACAGAAAGUAAGUAGAAAGCCGACAGCUUCUCACAGAGACAUUCUCGAAUUGGUAGAAGGAGAUCACGAUUGAACACACAGGCAAAUAAUUCGUCAUACGAUUAUUUAUUCGACGAAACGACUCGUCUACCGAUUCUUUUGGAAACGGAGGUAACGCAAAGAGCGGCGUUUAGAACGCAAACUUUCUAUAACGAUGUAUAUUAAAAUCAUCUCCCGAUUACCGCGCGCGGUUUUUACAAUUUACACGUGCGAUUGGGAGGCGUGGAUGUUCCCUGAAAAUAUGUGUAUUCGCCCACGUAUUUCGGGCGGUUUCGUAAGCAAACGUGUAUAGUAUUUUAAAAAGAUAUUUUUGCGAACGAACCUUCAUUACACUAUCCGUAGAGAAUAAUGCAUUUUUUUAGAAGGCUAUACACAAUGUACGGAUCAUUGUUUUACCAUGACGACGUCGUGCUGCAGACUCGUUGAACCAUUUUAAACUAAACACGCGUCCGCAGGACGCUUUUGAUCUGCGCGAUCAUUUUUUUUAAACGAUGUUCCUCGAACGAUGUAAACCCGGAACACGCUGCGACUGAAUAAUUCACGGGUCGAUUUAGUAUACAGUAGCGAAGCGAAUCGGAAACCGUUGUGAAGUUCGGCAUCCGAUAUUUUUAACGAGUAACGACACGAGCGAUUGGUCUUUUAAUGACGUUUUAAUUCAGAUCUUUUUCAUAAUGUACGACACACUUUUUUGAGAUUUCCUAGAUCGUUUUGAAAAAUUACAUAGUGUUAAUUAGGUGAAUUUAAACGAAACGAAAUUUCGAGGUGUAAGAAAUUGAAAUACCUUAGAACUAGAAUUUCUCGAAGAGAAUGGCUCUACAUUCGUCUACGUUUCGCCCUGUAAAUCUUGUAAUUACGUAAUUCAAUUGCACGAUGCCGCGAUCGCGAUUUGGCAACUAUAUUUCUCUAAAGUGCAUAUACGAACGUGGAAUUCGAUUUUAAUUUCAAGAACGAUAGUUUAUUAAUGAACAGCGAAUUCGAAGGUUAAAAAUCUCGAAUCUACGUUUACACAACAUCGAGAUACUUCCGACGCGUUUCGGAAAAAAACGUACGACAGACAAUAAAGAAGAUGCAAGUAUCAAAAAAGAUCGCGCGAUUCUUGAUUUACGUUUUCCAUGAUUCACAACUUGGAUUUUUCUUUGAAGAAAAUGCGUUAAUUGUCGCGUGCAUCCUGAUCGUUGUUGAGAAACUUUGUUGUAAAUGCACCGGCUGCGUAAUAACUUAACUAUACGGGUCCGCGUACAGAUUUUUUAGUGUUAUAUUACGGUUGUAAAUAUGUCAACUACGAUGAUAACACCGUCAUGAUAACGAAUAACUCGGUUGUAAGGCAGGCCAACAUCUGAAGCAAUUAGAUUAUAUACGAAUAAAUCAUCGUUCGCAGAAAUGUGUACGCGACGAGUCUGUAAGCGAAUAUUUGCGCUUCUGAGAUUAAAAUGGAACUACUCUUAUAUCAAAAAGAUAACUGCUUGAUGUCGCCAUAUAUCUGCGGGAAAUCACAGACCAUUCACGAGGAGGGUUUACUGCAGGCAAAGUCUUGUCAAAACUACGUACGUUUUCUGUCUUUUCGUGAAGCGGAAAGUUGCCUGAGUCAUAUCUUUUACUUUGUGACGCAUAUGUAAUCAGAUCUUGGAAAAGAGAGACUAUCAGAAAAUAUUUUUCAACGUGUACACUUACAAAGCUUAAAUAUAGAAAAUAUCCACCUUUGCUAUAUCUUUUCUGUGCGAUUUAAGAUAUGCGUUCUACGAUAUGCGACACGACGAUUACAUAACACACGAGGAGCAUAAUUAAUUGAAUUUUUCCACGUAAUCAUGACUUAGGCCACUUUCAUAAAUAUCGUAGACGAUGUAAAGCUCGUGGAAAAUUUUACAAACGGUUUUCCCAACUGCGCGUCUUUACUUAAGGACACUUAUAUCAAAAUAAAUCAAAAGCUCGCGAUAUCACAUAUUAUACUUGCUAAGUUUCACAAACCAAAAAAAAAAAUCUUCGACAGAGGAGAAUCGCUUCCCGUGACACGGUUCGUAGCAUUUCAUCAUGACCAAGAUACGUUGCGACGCAACGUUCCAUUUGAUGAAUGGCGAAAAACAUAUCACCGGCCGCGAAUGACAAUUUUCUUCGAAAUCCGCACGUUUUCGGCGAAGCAUGCUACGCGAAAAUGAAGACGAACGAUAAAAGAUAAUAAGGAGAAUUUAAGAAUACGCGAAUGGCUGGCAUCGCUGUAACACACACACACACACACACAUUCUUAUACAUUCUCACGUACACACAUACACAACGGGACCGUUUAAAAUUAAGAUGUUUCUAAUUUCAUCCGAUCUUUCCUUCGUCUCGAAUAACCCAUAGUUGAAUAAUCGAGGACCGCUUUUACAAAAUUCAACGAUUAAUAAGACCAGUAAUAAAAUUUUUUAAAUUUUGCAUCACUGUUUUGUAAUCUUUACAACAACAUAGUCGUUUCUUGCGACAUCAUUUUUUUUUUUUUUUUUUUUUUUUUUAAUUAACACAUGAUAUAUUUCGGCCAUCAACAAAUAUUUUACAAUUGUUUCUCUUACAAAUGCACGUUUGCGAAAGAAGAUGACAAAUGUAUACGUAUGUAUCGAAAAAUUUGUAAUUUCGUGAAUGUGUUGAUUUUUGCAAAAACGGUUCUGGCAAUUCGGCCUGGAUCUUUGCUAGUUCUUUCUUCUUUGGGAUCGAUGUGAACCAGUUUGCCGAGAGCACUUUCUCCUCGCUCUCUCGGGCGUGCAACGCGAGAAUGACUGUAGUUUAAAAACCAGUGAAAAAAACUUACCUCAGUGACAUAUGCGCAAGAAUCAAAUGUCUUAAAAAGAGAAAAGAAUCGAGAAUAUAUACUGUAGAGAGUGCCGAUGUCCUUUGUAUAUUUUCCAUGAAUAUUGUAAAUAGAUAUACAUAUAUAUAUGCGCCUUAUUGAUAAUCACGCCGUGCGAUGAACGGUCGGUGGGCACGAUUGUCUAAUGCUAAACGCGAAUGUCGGCGGACGGUAUCGGAAAAAAAAAAAAAAAAAAAAAGGUACACGAGCUGUCGAGCGAACGAUGUCGGGCGUGUGUAUGAUAAUGCACCUCCAUCAACGAAAAGCGAAAAUUGUGGCUUCUAAUUAUUUGACGUGUCGGUAACGGAAAGUGAGAAGAAAUAUUUAUAGGGCUAUUUUAUAAGAACAUUCUUUACGGGUCGUUAGCAUGAUAUAAGUAGAGAGUACGUUUAAAAUAUGUACAUGCCACAUUUUUAUACAACAUGAAAGUAAAAUGGGUGUGAGGUGGCUCUUAAUGUCUACGACAUAUAUGUUCCACGCGUACAGUUACAGUCUUGUCUUCAACGCGCUCUUUCAGUUUUAAUUUCUCGCGUCGCGAAGAGAUUGUAUUUCGGUCAAAAAAAAAAAAAAUAAAUAAAAAGAGAGAAUCAAAUGAUAGAUCGUUCAUGGGUAAACUUCUUCCUCGAUGGCUCAGUCAGCUCGACACCGUAAGUUUAACGAAAGGCCUACAUUGUCGGAAUUCCCAUGCACGUUGCGUCGCGUCGACUGGACGAGAUGAUUUUGUUGAAAUAACGAGAAAUUAUUACGGCAUUUAGCAUAAGGAAAUACGGUUGACGAUUUAAUCGGACAGACGAUUAUUAGGCGCGCGCGGCGAAUCUUUUGGAGAAUUAUAUACCGAUAGUUAUUAGAAGCGUGAGUAAAAUUCACGAGAUUUUCGGCAGAUAUUUAUUGCUAUUAUUAUUUAUCAAAAGUAGAGAGUAUUUACGGAGCGGUUUCGUUCGCUUGUUGUGUUUUAAGAGAGAUAUAACGAAA